AUGUCCACGUACAACUGGCGUCACGUAUCGAUACUGUACGACUUCACGUACGUGUUCUUUGACAUUGCGGGCUCGAAUCUUGUUAACGACUUCAAGCGGAACCCGGAACUAAUUCGACCCUACGAUAUUCCGUUCAAUCCACAGACGAUUUUUGACUACUCCGGAAUUCUUACAGAAGCUAGUGCGUAUGCGCGAGUGUUUAUCCUGUUAUGCGACUCUGACGUGCUCCGUGAAAUCCUCUUUCGAGCCUACUACAUGGCAGAAGGGGAUUACGUGUUCAUCGCCAUGGAGCUGUUCGCUAGCGACUUGCUCGGUCCCUACAUGAAUUUUCAAAGGGGCGACGCGAAGGACACGGCGGUAACCAAGGCGUACGAGUCCCUUCUGGUGCUCACGUUACGUCAGCCGGACAAUGACGAGUACAAGACAUUUGCAGCGGAGGUUAAGCUGCGAGCCAGGCGGGACUAUGGUUACGAGUUUGCUGUCGACGAAUCGGUAAACUAUUUUAUCACGGCGUUCUACGAUAGCGCCAUGUACCUGGCUCAUUCUUACAGAACUGUUUUCGAUGAGGGAAAGGACAUUCGUAAUGGGCAGGAAGUUGCGCAGCGACUCUGGAACAGCACAUUUCAAGGUAUAACUGGGCCGGUGAAGGUCGAUGAAAUAGGGAAUCGGAUGGCCGACUUUGAUCUGUUUGACAUGACGUCACCAUUGACUCGAGCCUUUCAGCUGGUUGGUCGAUAUCGGGGCGCCACACAGAGCUACCUGCCGAUAGAAGGCGUCUCAAUCGUCUGGCCGGAAAAACUUCCGGUCGACAUGCCGCCCUGCGUGUUUAUCCUUUUAUGCGACUCUGACGUGCUCCGUGAAAUCCUCUUUCGAGCCUACUACAAGGGCAUGGCAGAAGGGGAUUACGUGUUCAUCGCCAUGGAGCUGUUCGCUAGCGACUUGCUCGGUCCCUACAUGAAUUUUCAAAGGGGCGACGCGAAGGACACGGCGGUAACCAAGGCGUACGAGUCCCUUCUGGUGCUCACGUUACGUCAGCCGGACAAUGACGAGUACAAGACAUUUGCAGCGGAGGUUAAGCUGCGAGCCAGGCGGGACUAUGGUUACGAGUUUGCUGUCGACGAAUCGGUAAACUAUUUUAUCACGGCGUUCUACGAUAGCGCCAUGUACCUGGCUCAUUCUUACAGAACUGUUUUCGAUGAGGGAAAGGACAUUCGUAAUGGGCAGGAAGUUGCGCAGCGACUCUGGAACAGCACAUUUCAAGGUAUAACUGGGCCGGUGAAGGUCGAUGAAAUAGGGAAUCGGAUGGCCGACUUUGAUCUGUUUGACAUGACGUCACCAUUGACUCGAGCCUUUCAGCUGGUUGGUCGAUAUCGGGGCGCCACACAGAGCUACCUGCCGAUAGAAGGCGUCUCAAUCGUCUGGCCGGAAAAACUUCCGGUCGACAUGCCGCCCUGCGGUUUCAGAAGCGAAUUAUGUACCAUCAGGGCUGGAGACAGUUCCUCGUUGAUCGUCAUUCUUUGUGUUACGUUGGCACUGCUCGUGGCCUUUCUCGGAACGUGUUUGAUCGUCAUUUACAGAAAAGUUCGAAUAUCCAAAGAAAUUGAGCGGAAGUCGUGGUUAUUUAAAUACUCAGAUAUCCAGCUGCGAAAAGAUCGAGUUAACGAUUCCUUUCUGUCCAAAUCGCUACUUACAAUAAACCUGCAGGACGUCUCGCAGCAAGUAUUUACGUUGACCGGGUACUGCAAUAAUGAGACGGUCGCCAUUCGGAAACUUCGAGCAUCCAGCCUCGACCUGAGUCGUUCUCUGAGCGUGGAAUGUAGACAGCUGCAGUUGUUGUCCCACGCCAACGUUGCGAGGUUCGUGGGUGUGGUUCUGGAGCCGGGACAUAAUCUGCUGCUCAUGGAGUACUGCCCCAGGGGUAGUUUACAGGAUAUUCUCCAAAACGACAGCAUUGAGCUUGACUGGUCGUUUCGAUAUUCACUGAUGAACGACAUAAUUAAGGGCAUGUUAUAUCUUCACAGAAGUCCCUUGAAAAUGCACGGGCGUCUCUCGAGCACCAACUGCGUCAUUGACGCCCGGUUCGCGCUCAAACUCACUGAUUACGGACCUCAUUCGCUGCUCUAUCCAGAGAGGGAUCUGAUACGCAGGGUAUCUAGUGAAGAGGCCUGCAACAAAGGAAAGCUAAUGUGGAUGGCACCUGAGCACCUUAGGAACUCCGACGGCAAAAUCGGUGCCUCGCAGAAGGGGGACGUAUUUUCAUUUGCCAUCAUCUUGCAAGAAAUCGCCACGAGGAUGGUUCCCUACGAACUCAACCAAGAGGAUGUCGAAGUUAUCAUCGGUCAUCUGCAGACUCCAGGGGACAAUAUCUUCCGGCCGCUGAUUCCUGAGGAAGCCUGUUCUCCGAGCCUGCGCACUAUGAUAGAGAACUGCUGGGAAGAGGACCCUCGUGGAAGGCCGAGUUUCGCCGAAAUCGAGGAGAUCUUCCGGCAGAUCAGAGCCGGCAAAUCCACAAACAUCAUGGACAACCUGCUGCAGCGCAUGUCCAACUACGCGGAUAACUUGGAACAAUUGGCCUCUGAGAGAACCAAAGCUUUCCUGGAGGAGAAACAUAAAGUAGAGGAGCUGCUGCACAGGCUGUUACCAAGGUCGGUAGCCGCACAACUUCAGAAGGGCCAGUCGGUCAUCCCCGAGACGUUCAACAGUGUGACAAUUUACUUCUCGGAUAUCGUUGGUUUUACAACAAUUUGCAGCAGUCUUUCGCCAGCUGAGGUCGUGGAACUUCUCAACGAUUUAUACACAGCUUUCGACAACAUCAUUGAUAAAUUCAAAGUGUAUAAGGUGGAGACUAUUGGUGACGCUUACAUGUGCGUCUCCGGUCUUCCUGAGCGUAUCGGAAAUAGUCACGUGACAGAGAUAGCCGACAUGUCAUUGGUCAUCCUGAAGUCAGUGGAAGGCUUCACGGUUCGGCAAAGACCGGACACAAAAUUGAAGAUCAGGAUUGGCAUAAAUUCAGCGCUUAUGAUACAAAUGUCCGAAUCAACGUCAAAAUUGCUGUCUGAAUUCUCUAACUACGUCACCGAGUAUAGGGGCUUCAUCGAAAUUAAGGGCAAGGGUGUUAUGAGCACACGGUGGCUCGUAGGGCGUUUCGAUUGA